CCAGAAUAGAAUUUAUACAACACUUCUUGUUUAUUUAGAUCAUUUUUUCAUCACGCAUGCUUAUAGGUUACUAUAAGUUCCAGGGGUAUUUGUUUGUGUUGUAGUGUACUGACUUAUUUAAUCAUGGAUAUUUACAAGGAAUAUAAAUCUCUUUGAAGUGAAAUGCGUGCAUUAGUAGUGUCAAUAUGGGUUUUCAUAAACCUUGUGUUUUUUGGAAUGUGUGGCUAUAUGUAUUUACUUUGGUCACAAUAUUGGUUGUAUAUGGAAAGACAAGCCGAGACAUCAACAUCAACUUACGAUCAACAGAUUUACUUCUACAAUAGAGGUUAUUACCCAAAUAAUAGUGUUGCUACCUUGAGUUCAAAAACAAGGCAAAAACAUUCUGUAUUGAAAGAAAAUUCAUCUGUCACAUUGAUAAAGAAUAGUAAACCACGAUUCCCAAACCUCCAACAAAAGGAUUUUGAAUUGGAUUCUAAAAAAAAUAUGUGCUUGAAAAAUGAUAGCUUAUAUAUCUGUGAACGAAAAACUGCGGCAUUUAAAGAAGACAUAAUUAACGAAUUACGUAAAGUAUUUAUCGAAGAAGGUAAUGUAUUAAGAGUGGGAAAAGACAAUCCUUACAAUGUUCAAUAUAGGGGCAAGAGAGGUAAUUUUUUGGAUAAAUCUCCAAAGAAAGUAUUAUGUCAGUUAUAUGAUGUUCCAUUAAAAACGAUUAAACGUGAUGAUGUGGAAAAUCAUUUACUGAAAGAUUAUAUUCCCAAAAGAGCUUUGUUUCAAAAUAAACGCUUCCAUAGUUGUGCUGUAGUAGCUAGCGCAGGAUCGCUUAAGGAUUCGAAACUUGGUUCUCUUAUAGAUUCUCAUGAUUUGGUUUUAAGAUUUAACAAUGCACCAACCGAAGGCUUCGAAGAGGACGUAGGGGCGAAAACAACAAUUCGCCUUCUUAACUCUCAGGUUGUAACAAAAUCUCAAUUUAAUUUUUUAAAUUGGAAACUCUUCAAAAAUGUGACUUUAGUAGCAUGGGAUCCCUCUAAUUAUUCAUCUACCAUCGAAGAAUGGUUGGAGAAACCAGAAUUUAACCUUUUCCCAAAUUAUAUAGCAUUUAGAAAGAAUGAUCUCAAAUCAAGAGCGUUCAUUUUAAAUCCUCAGAGUGUUUGGGAUAUUUGGGAUUUUCUCCAGGAUAAUUCUCCGAGUAUGUUAAGAAGGAAUCCCCCAUCCUCAGGAUUUCUUGGAAUUCGAUUACUUCUACCCUUUUGUAGUUUUAUAGAUGUAUUUGAAUACGUACCUUCAACAAGAGUGAGCAGAAGGUGCCAUUAUUAUGACCCAGAAGACAACCCGUCUUGUACAUUUGGCGUAUGGCAUCCUUUAGCAGCAGAGAAGUUGCUAACUUAUUAUAUAAAUACUGUUGAUGAUAGAACGGUAUUUCAAACGGGAUAUGUUCGAAUUCCUGGCUUAAGAAGCGUUGAUUGUACUUGAAAUAUGCACAAUUUUAUUAAAAGUACAAUUUCCAUGUAAAUUCACGUAAUUAGUAGUUAAAUUCUUUUGUAGAUAUAAAACCGAACGAACUAAUUACUGAUAUUGUCAUGUUGUAACUACAUGUUCAGAAAAUAAAAAUAAUAUUCGGAUAAUUGAACAACUAUUUUCCGAGAUAAUGACUUGAAAAUUGAGUACGACCUAGUUUCCAUUAGGACAAAGAAGAAUUUAUGAGAGGAUUUAAGUUAUUAGUAGAUGGAGCCACUUGUACAAUAUGAAUUAGAUGAAGUUAUCUUCUUAUACGAAAUUAUCCCUCAAAAUAAAUAUUGACCAUGUUACCUAUGGUAUUUUCGAAAACCCAAUUUUCACGGAUAUUCUUUGUUUACUCACGUAGACACGACUUCAAAGAAAACCCCAUAAAAGAAACAGCUGGUAGGUAGAUAUGGGCUGCUGGGAAGCCAUCGAAUAUAUCUUCUACGCUAGAUCAAUUUGUUUGCGACCAUAUCGUUAAUCACAGGUAAACUCUCAUUGGACGAACAAGUUGCGCCAUCUUGCCGAUGUUCUAUUGUUAUAACUUUCAAAAUUAUGUAACUGUGGCUGAGAAAAUCUCACAGAAUAUUCACAUUAUGGAGGGUAGAGGUAAGGAGUAUCAUCUCAUAUGGGAGCUUAAAAACUGUCCGCUUGUAGACGGUAAAUUAUAAUUCAAAAUUUGACUAGAAUGGCGCUCCUGUCGGACGAGAUAUCAUAUGAUCGUUCAGUUCGUCUUAUUUGAAUAUGUAGUGUUAAAAAAUUUUAAAUGACUAGAGUCGUUGCUUUAUUUAAAAUUUACAC